AUGAGCAUCGGCGAACUGAAGGCCCUGGGGACUGAAGUUGCUGAGCCCAAAAAAAAAUUAGCAAAGUUGCGUUUAGAGCUUUCCUCCCUCAAACGAUUUUUGUUAGAGAAAGAGUCUGGUGAAUCCGAAAGUUCUUUUUCUUUUGUUUCAGAACCACCCCUUGCUGGCCCACGGGCCGAACUGUCAGCUGCAGCUGCUGAUUUGUUUCCACAGCCAUCUUGGUGUGGGAAUGUCUCCUGCAGUGGUUCGAGAUCCAGCCCCGCUUCUACCAUCUCUUGGGAGCGUCGUCUGGAAAUUAGCCGUGAGGUUGGCAGGUUCUUGGCUCCUGCAGUAAGAUCGGAGUACCAUGGCUCUUCUGGCAGAGAGAAGAUCCCCUUAGCAUCUCGUUUCUGGUUGGUGGCGAGAAGCUUCCACGGCGAGGUGCUCAAUCCCAUUCGUGUCUUCUCCAAGUGGGGCCUUGCCAAGGAACUGGUGAAACGCGGCUCUGAGUGUGGCGAAUCGGUCUUCGUGGGGCUUCCAUCGCAGUGUGAGAUUGGGUGUGCCAUUGCGGUCUUGGUGUGUGUUCCUUUUUCACCAUGGCAUCGUCAAGUGAGCCGCCGUGUCCUGAAAGCUACGUUGACAAAGCCAAGUGCAGUGGAAGUUUUGGCAGUUCCAGAAGAAUCUCGAGAAGAGCCUCAGGAAGAAGCCAAAUGCAUGAAGUUGUGGGUCGGUUUGAUCACCCACGAAUUGGUGGGGCAUGUGCAUUGGGACGAAGAUCCCGGAGCAGCAGAAUGUGCUUUCACUCUAGAUGGUGUGCAAGGGUUUGUGCCUUUUGCCAAAUCUUUGGCGGAUGCAGCUUCCGAGCAUUUUGCGUUCCUCUCAGCAGAGAGCAUGGAAGCGUCUGGUCUGGAUCUCAAAAGCUGGACUCUCGCAUGGACAGGUGUCAGUUUGGAGAACCCGUAUCCAGACCUGGAUCCGGGCAUGGUGGAGGCGGCGUUAGCGUCUGGCAUAGAGAAGUCUUCUUUGGAGCAGAUGCAAGCAUUGGUGAGCAAAGGUUUGAAGAAGAAUGUGAAGCUUACCGACCCCUUUCUGGGGAACCUAGCCGACCCUCUUUCCGAGAGCGAAGGCGAGGUGCCAGAAGAGGAAGACGGGUCUGUGUUUGCGCCAAUUUCUUCGGACCCCGUUGCAGCUGCGCUUGGGAAACUGACGGAGAUUGCGGGGGUGCUUGCAGAAGACCGGAAAAAGAAGCCUUCUGUUUCAAAACUGGAAGCUGCUCUGGAUUCUGCGCAUGGCGGACACAGCGAAGUUGCGGUGGGGAGUGGAAAACGUUUUGCAGCAGCUUGGCGAGCUUUUCGCGUGAUUCUGAGGGACGCCCCAGGGGACGGGAGACCUCCCUUUCUCUCGACUGUUGGACCCUCGGUGGGCAGAAAUUUCAGCCUGUUCGCUGUAGGGAAGGAUGCUCUGCUUGAUCGUGUGAUUUUGGACGGCCGUCCUGCCAACUGUUUGGUGCAAAAGCUGGACUCUUGGACUGCUUCUAUGGCUUCAGCUACAUGUUUGGUGGAUAUAUGCGUUGGUCCAGGAGAAGUGUUGUUGUGCUCUGGAGAAGAUCUUCGCGACUUCUUCUACCAGUUCAAAGUCACUCCCUCUAGGACAGCACGUAACACCUUGGCCGAGCCCCUAAAUUUAGCAGAAGCUGAUAAAGUUUUUGGCAAACAGUUUGAGGAUGGCAGGGGUUUGACCUACUGCGGGUUGAGCUCUUUAGCCAUGGGCGACACCAAUGCCUGCGAGUUUGCGCAAGCUAGUCACCUUGCCAUGAUGUUGUUUCAUGAAGUUCUCUUUUCUCACGAGCUUCUGCAUAUGCAUGGCAAAGUGCCUCGUUCCUUUUUCUGCGGAGGGAUCAUCACAGAUGACUUGGUGCUUCUGGAGAAAUGUUUGAAAGAGCAGUUUGAGGCUGUCGGCAAUGGCUUUGAGACGGAAAAAUCCUUGGUUUUGCAGCUUUCAGAUGAAUUCAUUUCAGAGCUUUGGAGCUUGAUUCUGGUAGGAUUUCAGCCGCAGAAGUUUGAAGAGAGGAGCUUGGGCCUCUGGACUUUGCUAGCUCGUGGUUUGCACUAUUAUGAGAGGUGGAGGUUGAAGGUUGCCGUUCCAACACAUAUCAAUGUCCUGGAAAUGAAAUCUUUUCUACGAGAAGAACGCUUGAUCUCCUAUAAGCAAAAGCAUGUGAGAUGUCUAUUCGGCUUAGAUUCACAGGUUUGCUUAGGUGCUCUUUGCAAAGGACGAGCUGGGUCCAUCACUUUGAACCGAGAAAUGCGGCGCAACGUUCCUCACAUUUUGGGUUCUGACCUCUACUCUUUGUUUAUGUAUUUCCCUUCUGCGGUGAACAGAGCUGAUGACCCAACGAGACAUUCCAUUCCUCGAGGCCCUGACGUUGAUCUUCCAUUCUGGUGGUCGGGCGCGCUGCAUGGAGACUUUUCUGGCCAUGAUGCGUGGAUUAAAGGUGUUGAGGAGGAUGUCUUUAAAGCUCCCUUUGACCUCACUACCUUGAAGUCUACUUUUUCUCCUUUAUUUGCAACUGCUCGAGAAAGGCACGACGGAGGGCUCGUCAAAAGGCAGCUACGUGUUGAGGAGAAGUUGUCCUCGCGACCGAGCGCGAAUUUGUCCUCGCGGCCAAGCACGAAUUUGUCCUCGCAGCCGAGCGCGAAGUUGUCCUCGCAGCCCGAGCGCGAAGUUGUCCACGCGCACGAGCGCGAAUACGAUAUCCUUGCGACCGAGCGCGAAUGUGUCCUGGCCCAUGAGGGCGUUUACAAUAUCUGCAGAGCGGACGAAGACCUCCUUGAUGAGAAGGUGCGCAUGCAGAUUGUCGUGUUGCUACGAGGCGGUUGCUUCAGAACCUUGGGAGCAGCCAUCAUUUGCUGCUCUUUUAGUGUUGCAGUUGAUGAGGGCAAUAGCCAUAGCGACUUUCUUAGUCUUCUGCUACAGAUUUGUCAAGAAGGCGGCAUUUUUACUGGUUUGAGAGCCCAGAUUCCUCUUGGCUUUUCCGACUGGAGGGUUAUGCAGCAUAUCGAUGCCCCAAAUCUGAACAGAUCAUGA